GCGAGAGAGACGUGACGAGCACGAGCAGUUGCCAGCUGGUAGCCGGUCUACGUGGAUCGUCUACUGCCGUUGGAGAACGGAGCGGGUGUGUGUUCGCUUACACGCCAGCAUCGCGCGUGUGUGCCUUCUCUUUUUCCAUCGAGCGUAUACUCACACGGAGCGGACGGGGAUCUGCGCGAUAAGGCUCGUCGAAGAGGAGGAGGAGGAGGAGGAGGAGGCGGCCGCGGAGGUGGAGGAGGAAGAACCAGAAGAAGGCAGCCAAGAAAGCGCACCACGAUGGAUGAGUAACCGACCGACAACGACGUUGUUGAAAACAGGCAAACGUCAGUUGAGAGACGAUCGUUUCAAUUAAACGACGCUCGCAACGGGCUUCUACGUCACGCGCUACGCUCCGAUGCGAGCGUGGCCUCCGGCAGGAUGUCGUCGGUGUUCUCGAAGCUAAUCGACAAAACGUCCGCCAAAUACGGUAUCAGGCAAGACCAGCUGAUCCGUGGCGUGGCCGGCGUCGCGACCGCGCUCUACAUAAUCAAGAUCGGAUACCCGUUGGUAUCGUACGGUUUGAAGCAGUACAACAAGAAGAAAAAAAAGCGGAACGAGAAUGAAGUCCAGUCGUCGAACAACAGACACAAGAACGAUGUACGGCACAAGAACAACGUCAAGGCGGGAAAAUCGAAUAGCAAACUCGCGAAGCCGAACGUCGGACUGGAUCGCGAGUUCGUCAAACAGCUGAUCGCGUUGCUGAAGAUCAUGGUACCGGGAUGGAGAACGCGCGAAGCCGGUCUGUUGACCUGCGCGACGGUGAUGCUACUGGCCAGGACGUUCCUGUCGGUUUACGUGGCCGCUUUGGAGGGCCAGAUAGUGAAAAGGAUCGUGUUGAAGGACGUCAAGGUAUUCUCGUUGAUGCUCGGUAGAUGGUUCGCCAUCGCUUUGCCUGCCACGUUCGUUAAUUCGGCGAUCCGGUACCUGGAGGGACGGUUGGCUCUCAGCUUUAGAGGACGUCUGGUGGAGCACGCUUACAAAAUGUAUCUGAGUCAACAGACUUACUACAGAGUGACAGCGUUGGACAAUAGGCUCGGAGGUGCUGAACAAAGACUGACAGACGAUCUGUCUGAACUGGCUGGUUCCGUGGCUCAUCUCUACUCGAGUUUAACGAAACCGUUGUUAGACUGUGCUCUAGUAGCCAUUGCCCUUGUCUCGUUUUCUUCCAAGAUGGGAACGAGGCAGAUACGCGGACCAGUCCUGGCCUGCGCAGUGGUCGCUCUGACUGGUCAAAUUUUACGACUCACGUCUCCUAAGUUUGGCCAGCUGGUGGCCGAAGAGGCGUCGAAACGCGGAAUAUUGAGGGAGGCGCACGCUCGCGUCAAUGCUCACGCGGAAGAAAUCGCGUUCUACGGGGGUCAUUGCACGGAGCACAAAUACCUGAGCACCGCUUAUAAGUCACUCGUAUCGCACUUGAGAAGAGUCCUGGCUCUCAAGUUCUGGUACGUCAUGCUCGAGCAAUUCCUUAUGAAGUACGUUUGGUCCGGCACUGGCCUCGUGGUCAUCGCCAUGCCGCUUCUGUAUACCACCGUUACGUCAGGAAAUACUCAUGCAUCCGACGACGGCGACGCAGGUGGAGUCAGCGAACGAACUAGAUAUCUGACCACGUCUAAAAAUCUAUUGAGCUCCGGUGCAGACGCCGUAGAAAGACUUAUGUCAUCGUACAAGGAGUUAGUAGCAUUAGCGGGGUACGCAGCACGCGUCAGUGAGAUGUUAGACGUGUUCAAAGACGCCGCUCUGUGUAAAUAUAGAAGAAAUAUUGUCAAUAGCCCAGCGAGAGUGACGAACGGCACGGCUAACUUCGCUUUAGACAAUAUAAUCGAAUUGAAAGACGGUGCGCCGGUGAUAAAAGGAAUCGUGCGCGAAAGUACCGACGGCAGUAUAAGCUUGAUCGAUGUGCCAAUAGUCACGCCGAAUUGCGAAAUCAUCGUGCCUAGGAUAACUAUUCACAUAAAACCUGGCGAUAAUAUCCUAAUCACUGGUCCAAAUGGCUGCGGUAAGAGCUCUCUGUUCCGCAUAAUAUCUGGCUUGUGGCCAGUAUACGGAGGCACCUUAAUCAGGCCAGCGGAAAAUCACUCUGCGAAGCGUGCGCGACCUGCCCUGUUCUACAUCCCUCAAAAACCGUACAUGACCGUCGGUUGCCUGCGAGACCAGAUUCUCUACCCCUCGGAAUCGCAAACCGAGGACUGUUCCGACGAAGAGCUGUUGAAAUUGUUGGACGAAGUCGAUCUGCGAGGUAUUGCCGAGAGGGAACCGGAUGGACUCGACACUUUCGGCGAUUGGGACUCGACGCUGUCCGGCGGGGAGAAGCAGAGGCUCGCGAUGACGCGUCUGUUCUAUCACGCGCCGCAAUACGCUCUAUUAGACGAGUGCACCAGCGCGGUGAACCUCGAGGCCGAGGGAAAGAUCUACGACACCGCGAAGAGGAAAGGCAUCACUUUGUUAACGAUUACUCAUCGCGUAGCUUCGCUCGCCAAGUAUCACAAAUUGUUGUUACGCUUCGACGGGGAAGGCGGCUGGACCUUUGGCCCGUUGGACGCGGAAAACAUAGCUACGUACAUAACGCGCCAACCUCCUGCAGAAACCGAGCAACACGAAGUGAAAGGAGGCCACUAUCAGAUAUUACACGAGCUCCGUGACAAGCAUCCGGAGGACACGAAAGUCGGAAUCAGUUGAAGAAUCGGGCGAUUGUAUUUUUCCUAGUUAAUUCUCACGUAGCGCGAUUGUAAAUAGAUUCACGUUAGAGUUUUGUACAGUGGUUCACAAUUAUCUCCGAGUAAACACCGUAUUUUUGUAUACACGUUGCUAUUUAAUUUUAUGAAAUAUAUAUGAAUAGUUGUUGCCUGAA